UCGGAAGCCAUGGCUCAGAAAACCAUCAGCAUUAGGUCAGGUGGAGCCACUAGGAAUUUUAGUGCCUCCUCCGCCGUUAUCCCAGGUAGCCGAACCAGCUUCAGCUCCAUCUCUGUUUCACGGGGAGGUGGCGGAGGUCUGGGAAGGGUCUGUGGCGGUGGUUUUGGCAGCAGGAGCUUCCAUGGUCUAGGUGGAAGCAAAAGAAUUUCCGUUAGCGGAGGCUAUCGCGCUGUUAGAUCUGGAUAUGGUUAUGGGUUAGGUUACGGUGGGGCUGGGUAUAGGAUUGGCGGAGCUGGAUAUGGGUUUGGUGGUGGAUUCGCACCCGGCGCUGGUGGCAUCCAUGAAGUCACUGUCAACCAGAACCUCCUGGCACCCCUCAACCUGGAGAUCGACCACACCAUCCAGAAGGUGCGGAAGGAGGAGAAGGAGCAGAUCAAAACCCUCAACAAUAAAUUUGCUUCCUUCAUCGACAAGGUCCGGUUCCUGGAGCAGCAGAAUAAGGUGCUGGAGACCAAAUGGUGCCUGUUGCAGGAGCAAAAAACCGCGAAAAGUAAUAUUGAACCCAUGUUUGAGGCUUACAUCAAUAAUUUGAGGAGGCAGCUAGAAGCUCUUGGAGGUGAAAGACUUCGGCUGGAUGGAGAGCUGAAGAACAUGCAGGACACCGUAGAAGAUUUCAGGAUCAGGUACGAAGAUGAGAUCAACAAGCGCACGGCUGCAGAGAAUGAAUUUGUGGUGCUCAAGAAGGAUGUGGACAUUGCCUACAUGAACAAGGUGGAGCUGGAGGCUAAAGUGGACGCCCUGACUGACGAGGUCAACUUCCUGAGAGCUCUCUAUGAAGCAGAAUUAGCUCAUUUGCAGUCGCAAAUCUCUGACACUUCUGUCGUCCUUUCAAUGGACAACAGCCGAAAUCUGGACCUGGACGGCAUCAUCGCAGAGGUCAAAGCUCAAUACGAGGAUAUUGCUAAUAGGAGCCGAGCUGAGGCAGAGUCUUGGUACCAAACCAAGUAUGAGGAGCUGCAGCUGACCGCUGGCAGACACGGGGACGACCUGCGGAACACCAAGAUCGAGAUCUCUGAGAUGAACCGCAUGAUUCAGAGGCUCCGCUCAGAAAUUGACAAUGUGAAGAAGCAGUGCGCCAGUCUGCAGACAGCCAUUGCCGAUGCCGAGCAGCGCGGCGAACUAGCCCUUAAAGAUGCCCAGGGAAAACUAGCUGAGCUGGAGGAAGCCCUGCAGAAGGCCAAGGCAGACUUGGCGCGUCAGCUGCGGGAGUACCAGGAGCUGAUGAACGUCAAGCUGGCCCUGGAUAUCGAGAUCGCCACCUACAGGAAACUGCUGGAAGGAGAGGAGAACAGGCUAGCUGGAGAAGGUGUUGGUGCAGUGAACAUCUGCCUGAUUUCAAUGGGAUUUACUGUGGUCACCUCGGCCGGUGGAAGUAGCUACGGCACUGGGGGUGGGAUGGGCCUGGGGGUCGGGCUGGGAAAUGCAUCCGGACUCGGCUACGGCAUUGGAGGAAGCAGCUUCAGCGCCAGCAGCGGGAGGGGUCUGGUGGGAGGAUUCAGCGCCGGAGGGGGAAGCAGCUCCAGCAUGAAGAUCAUCUCGAAAACCACCUCCACCAAAAAGAGUAUCCGCAGCUAA